CAAAUUCCUCGCUGUGAUUGUGUGUUUUUAUCUCGCAGUUGAAUGUACUAUGGUCCAGCCGUCAAUUAUAAGUCUGGGCUGACCAUUCAGCAGUUCCAGCGCUCCUCUUGAUACCUUGGGAUUUUAGGUGCGUAUCAAGUUAAAUAAUGUGUUCCCAUUUGCCAUUCUGCUCUCGCUAUUUUGAGCUAGACUAACCACUGUGACUGAAAAUUAGAUUCUGACCAAUGAGAAUUUUGUUUCUUUUUUCUGCAUUGUAAAUAACACCAUUUCAAUUAUCGAAUGAAUAAACUUCUUAUCUUCUUGAUUCAACUGAAUACUUUUCCUCCAAUACCGACUAAAGCGCACAUUUGGCGUAGCUAUUUUUAUAUUCAGCUUGUUUGCUAUCAAUAGGUAAUUUGUAGGAUAUAUUUUGUCUGAAAGCUCAUUUUAUCUUGGAGCGGUUUAAUGCGACCAUAUAAGUUCUAUUUUCCAAAGAAACUGGCUCUAAUUCCGAAUAUCCGAGGGAUAAAAAAGGCUCAUCUACUGUACUGUCUUUUUACUACCACUGUUAGCGAACCGCUACGAGUUAGAUUUUCCAUUAUUCAUAGUAUACCACUGUAUAAGCAUUUUAAGUUUUUCUUAAAAAAACUAAGCUAUCAAAGAAACAUUUUCCUGGCUCCAUUUUUUCUUUAAUUUUUAUUUUCUUAAAUUUAUUAAUAGAGAUGCAUCUGUGACGCUUAGUUUUGCAACAAUAUUUAUGUCACUUGAAAUUGAAGGGAAAUAGACUUUUUGAGCAAAGUACUUACCAGUCCGAUUUUUUGAACAGCAAGUUUAUUAGUCCUUGACAAUUUGUCUCUGAAAUCUGAAAAGAUUUUAAAUUCCCAUCUGCCGUAAUUUUAUUUAAUUAUCUGAUUUACCCUGAAAAGCAGUCCUUUUUUCUGUCGCUACUGUGAAAUGAACUAAUUGAAUCAGUUAGAAGCCAAUAUUGAGGAGAAAUUAGAGAAGUUGCGAAAUAAAGGCGAUCAACUUUCGAGCGACCCCAGCAUAAACUUCACUUUACGAUCGGCUUCCUAAAAAGGUUUCCCUCUUUGUUGAAAGUAAUAAUUGAUGAUAAAGGCAACUUCCUUGGCACACCAUCAAAACGCGUUAUAAACCGGCUAUAAAGUCCUUAUCUUGCUCACAUUCACCGCUUCCCCGCUUUUUAAGUGCCGAAUUUAUAAAAUUUCCCACCCGUUUAAGUUUCGUUUUUAAUGACGUGAAAUUUUUUAAAAGUUUAUCUUCUCAAUUUAAAUUAGAACUUGAAUCGACUAUUGAAGACAAUUUUGAUUUAACUAUUGGGAAUCCAUUCUUUUAUUGCAGCGUAAUUGUCGGAGGCAUUUUGAAAGGUUUCAAAAUAGCUCUCUUUAAUGUAUUAUCGUUAGCAGUUUAACAUUUGGAUGUAAAUAUUUUUGAAAUAAACUCAAUUGUGGUUCAAAAUAGCUUAUUAUUUGCGGUCCCAAAAAGAAUACAAGAAAAAAGAAGACUUACUCGAACGAAAGUAGUUUAUUCACGCAGAGCUGCUCGGGUUUGAAAUGGAUUCGAAUGUCACUGAAAACCCAAAGGAGAUAAGCCCGGAAAAGCAAGAUUUCUACGAUUUUCUUGACGAAUUUGACGUCGUGGAGCUAGCCUUCUACUGGGGCCUCAUCCUCCUCGGCAUCCCCUGCAACAUCAUAGUGUCUGCCCUCAUCAUCAUUCGCAAGCGACUCCAUGGUCAUGCAUACCAACUGAUUAUAGUGGCCAUAGCUAUGGCCGACAUAGUAGUCCUGCUCUCAGUGGGACUCAUGGACUCAAUUACAUUACUGCACAGGUGGGGGAAAAGAUGGCCAGUCUGGAUGACUUUCCACUGCAUGUACUUGCCAGUGAUCGAGUUCACUUCAACCAUCGCAUCUGUCUGGUUUGUGGUUCUGUUCAGCGUGGAGCGAUACUUCGCCUCCCUCAAUCCGGAGAGGGGCCGAUUGCUCUUCUCGAUGGACAAGUGUGUGAAGUAUCUGGGGGGCAUCCUGGUCCUAUCUCUCCUCUUGUCACUCCCGCACCUCCUCGUUCGGAAUUAUGACGGAGUACGCUGCCGAGAGGAUGCCACUUGGGAAUUGAUCGUGUAUGUCUACCAAGUACUGUUGCUGCACAUGAUGCCAAUUGGAAUCAUCCUCUACUGCAACGCAUGUAUAGUGCGUAAGAUGUUCGUUGCCAAACGGAGACAGAAAGAGAGAGCCCAGGGGUCACUCGUGAACAGAAGUGUGCCCACACGAGCAAUCCACCGGGCCACUAUGUUUCUUCUUGGACUGUCCGCAUGCUACAUUAUUCUGUUCACGCCCAAACUGUUCACUGACCUGAUCAUUCAUACCAUACCCGAACAUUUGUACGAGGAGUACUUCAACAUGAACAAACCCUAUUACGUCAUAACCCGAAUGUCCGAAUUUAUCUACCUGCUGAACUCGCAUGUAAACUUUUUUGUGUAUUCGACCAUGAGUCCCUCGUUUCGAAGACAUCUCGCCAAGUUGUUCUUCAUUCACCUGCAAGCAUGGCGAGACUCUCUGGAAAGUGUGGAUACUCGAGCCACUUCUAUUCACAAUGGAGUCAGUUUUGAAAGUUUGGACAACGUAACUGAUAAUGCUACUCAACGAGAAGGCAAAGUGUCUAUGGAUUCCACCCUUGGUAUCCCUGGACAAGUGAGCCAUUGCCGAAAAGAUGCGGGAAGAGACGAGUUGGGAGUCACAUUCGUAGACAGUGGCAAAAACGUGCGGGAGAGUCGCAUCGACGAUGAGUUAGAGGAUUUGGUUGCCAUGAAAUAAUAAUCUCCUGUAUCAAGAAUUAGUUAAAUCAUUUUCAAAUCACUACUACAUUUAUCUAAAUUGGUUUUUGCUGCUACAUAGACAGUUAUGUUAAAAAUUCUUUUCAAUAAAUCAGAUAGAAAAAAUGGAUAUCAAGAAAAGCAGAAGCGGAUUUAGGGGAUUCCACUC